AGGAAGUGACGCAUGUUACGCUGAGACGGGUUCAAGGGAGAUCUGAGCGAAUCGCGUAUGUGAGCGGUUUGGGCAGGCGAGGUCGAGCAGCGGCUAUGACCUGCACCAUCGAAAAGAUCCUGACGGACGCCAAGACUCUGCUGGAGAGGCUGCGGGAGCACGACGCGGCCGCCGAGUCGCUGGUGGAUCAGUCGGCGGCACUGCACCGGCGGGUGGCAGCUAUGCGUGAGGCUGGGGCGGCUCUUCCGGACCAGUAUCAAGAGGAUGCAUCCGAUGUGAAGGACAUGUCUAAAUACAAGCCUCACAUUCUGCUGUCCCAAGAGAACACACAGAUUAGAGACUUGCAACAGGAAAACAGAGAGCUAUGGGUUUCCUUGGAGGAACACCAGGAUGCCUUGGAACUCAUCAUGAGCAAGUACCGGAAACAGAUGUUACAGUUGAUGGUUGCUAAAAAAGCAGUGGAUGCUGAACCAGUCCUGAAAGCUCACCAGUCCCAUUCUGCAGAAAUUGAAAGUCAAAUUGACAGAAUCUGUGAAAUGGGAGAAGUGAUGAGAAAAGCAGUUCAGGUGGAUGAUGACCAGUUUUGUAAGGUUCAGGAAAAACUAGCCCAAUUAGAGCUUGAGAAUAAGGAACUUCGAGAAUUGUUGUCCAUCAGCAGUGAGUCUCUUCAAGUCAGAAAAGAAGACUCAAUGGACACUGCUUCCCAAGCCAUCAAAUAACUCACCUCCUGAAUGCUAAUGGACCUUGUCUAUCAAGGAAAGAAGUUAUUAUGUUUCCAUUGAAGUAUAAUCUGUUCAGUGUCUUGCCUCAGGCGUGAUUUAAUGUUGAUUAAAGGUACCAGGUGGCAGUUCAGAAUUGCUAGUCAAUGUCGGCUGCCCACAAAACAGUUUUCUAGUGUGUUAGUGAGAAUACACACUGAAUUUCACCAUUCCUUUCUCCAAGAGACUACUUUUAAUUCUCACUUCUGGGACCUUAGUUUACAUUAACUGUUUUCAGUUCAUUUUAGUUUUUUCACAUCUCCGAAACUUAAAGCAUUUUAUUGUAAACCAGUAAUUUUAUUUUACAUAGGAUUGUAAAAUGCAGUUCUAAAGAACUUCAAAAAGAGAUGCAACUUUUAAAAUCUGUUUUGCAUAUACCUGGAUUUUUCCCAUUUAACAAAAAUGAUAAUGGUUCCACAGAACUAGACUGAGAUUCUCUGACUUGUAAUGUCAUUCAGCUCUGAAAGUUUUAAGUCUCUCUAGUGCUAAGAGUUGUCACUUUGUCGCCUUAUGUUUUCACUCUUUAAUUCAAGAGGACCUACUGCUAGUCCCCAGGAAACAUACUUGGAAAUAAGUUAACUGUUUUUUUCCAGUCGUAGUAUAGUUGUCAUAUUCAGAGAAUGCUGAGAAACUUGUAUGUACAUGCGUGCGCACACGCAUGCUUACUUCAAAUGCUAAAAGUAGCUUUUACUUAUUCUAAGUACUCAGUUUUUCAUUCAUGUCCUACUAGGAAAUCUUCAACUUAGGUAAUUUACCCAGUGCAAAGAGCACAUAGUAGACUUAUUUACAUCAUAGUUCUUAGCUACUACAUUUUACAAUUAAGAACCAUCACCUAGAUGUCUUUUAUUGCUAGCACUAGUAGUUGGCUUUCUUUUUGGAUCCAUUUUUUUUCUAAAUGAAACAAAGUUUUAUCACCUAAUGAGAAUUACUAUAUCCAUAAUGUUAUAUAGACAACAACAAAGCAAUGUUGAGAUUCAAAUACUGGGUGGUCACCUAGGCUUACUCAUCAACUCAUUCCCUCAUCCCAAUUAUACAAAUUACUUCAUUAUACUAUUUUUAGGUUUUUCCACAAAUAAAUGAAAUUAUGAAUGCUAAA